UCAGUGUCUUGUCUGCUCGUGCGGAAGGAAUCUUCCUCCCCUGCUCAGGACAUGGUCAGCCCCGCUGCCUCCGCCCCUCUCGUGACUGACUCCCAGCUCUGGUGCCCACCCCCCUCCUUAGUCUGUGUGACUCCCGGUCGUUUGUCUUCCCAGGGAUCUCCAACGGGUUCGGUGCUGCAACGACUGUCGAGGCAAAAUGUCCCCGGAAUCUAAAAAGCUGUUCAACGUCGUUAUUUUAGGCGUUGCCUUUAUGUUUAUGUUCACUGCCUUUCAAACUUGUGGGAAUGUGGCGCAAACUGUUAUCAGAAGUCUAAACAGCACAGAUUUUCAUGGCAGUGGCUAUACCAGCAUGGCAAUUAUUUAUGGAGUGUUCUCUGCUUCAAACUUGAUUACUCCUUCAAUUGUUGCCAUAGUGGGACCUCAACUAUCUAUGUUUGCUAGUGGUUUAUUUUAUAGCAUAUACAUUGCCGUUUUUAUCCAGCCUUUCACAUGGUCCUUCUACACAGCAUCUGUUUUCAUCGGGAUUGCUGCUGCUGUACUUUGGACAGCACAAGGAAAUUGCUUGACAGUAAAUUCAGAUGAAAAUACUAUUGGAAGAAACAGUGGGAUUUUCUGGGCACUCUUGCAGUCCAGCUUGUUCUUUGGAAAUCUUUACAUUUAUUAUGCUUGGCAAGGGAAAACUCAAAUAUCAGAGAAUGACCGAAGAACAGUUUUUAUUGCUCUGACCGUGAUUAGCCUUGUGGGGACAGUUCUUUUCUUUCUCAUUAGGAAACCAGAUCCUCCUAAUGUAUUGGGAGAUGAUGGUUCCUCUGAUAAUGAGAGUCUGGAAGUCAACAUGUCUGUCCAGAACAACAUGACAAAGGCAGUAGAUGCAUUUAAGAAAUCUCUUAAAUUGUGUAUUACCAAAGAAAUCUUGUAUCUCAGUGUUACAACUGCCUACACAGGCCUAGAAUUAACAUUCUUCUCUGGUAUAUAUGGGACCUGUAUUGGUGCUGUAAAUCAGUUUGGCACAGAAGAAAAGAGCCUUAUUGGACUUUCUGGCAUUUUCAUCGGCAUUGGAGAAAUUUUAGGAGGAAGUCUCUUUGGCUUGUUAAGCAAGAACAGUCGUUUUGGCAGGAACCCAGUUGUGCUGUUGGGCAUUUUGGUGCAUUUUGUAGCUUUUUAUUUGAUUUUUCUUAACAUUCCCAGUGAUGCCCCAGUUGCUCCUAUUGAUGGAACUGAUAGCAAUGCUUAUAUCAAUUCAAGCAAAGAGAUUGCCUUAUUUUGCAGCUUUCUAUUGGGUCUUGGAGACAGCUGCUUUAACACUCAGCUAAUUAGCAUUUUGGGUUUCCUUUAUUCAGAAGAUAGUGCACCUGCCUUUGCAGUCUUUAAGUUUGUUCAGUCCAUCUGUGCAGCAAUGGCAUUUUUCUACAGCAACUAUCUUCUACUUCAUUGGCAACUUCUGGUCAUGGUGAUAUUUGGCUUCUUUGGAACUCUUUCCUUCUUCAUUGUGGAAUGGGAAGCUGCUAAUUUUGUAGCUCGAGGAUCAGAGUACAGAAGCAUUUGAUCUCAUGUGUAAUGCAUUUUUGUUCAAAAAACUUGGGAAGGUGGGAAGAAAUUCAGGGUUGCAGAGUUGGAUGAAGGAGCCACUGUCAACUUAAACAGUAUAAUGGAUGGUAUCAACUAAUGUGGAAAAAAGACUCUCAGCCAAAGUUGGUCAAGUUUACAGACAUAGAAUAUUUAAAAAAUGAAAUGAGAAAGACAUUCUUUGAAUAGUUUUUUCUGUUGGAUAUACUUUUUUCUAUUUCACUCUUAUAAUUGUGUUAUAAAAUGUUAAUGUUGUUCUAUCUUUGAGAAUCUUUCUUAGCUGUUGGAAUAUGUAUCUUUUAAAGAUUCCUGCUGUGCAUGGAGUAUGUUUUAUUAUAGUGUUAAAAAAUAAUUAUAUCAUGUGACCAUAUAUGUAAGAAUUAAUUUAAA